AUGCAGUCCGCCGACCAGGGCCACAUGCAGCACGCGUCCGACGGCGUCGACCGCCAGAACCGCUUCCUCUCGACUGGUUCCGAGACCCCCAACGGCCUCAGCCUCCGCGAACGCGCCGCCUCCCAGCCGCCCCGCACCCAAAACUUCGUCGCACCCCCGCCCCAGGUCGUGCGCAACAACUCCGGUGGUGGCAGCGCGGCCCCGUCUGCGUCCUGGGGCCGCUUCGCCGCCAACCUGAAUCCCCUCCCCCAAUCCGUUCCCACGCGCAGUGCUUCCUUUUCCUCCAGCCCGCUCAGUGCUCACUCGCCCUUCUCGUCCGCCAUGCGCGACUCCCGCUUCGCCUCCACUUUCGAGGACGACGAGUCCGAGGCGCUCAGCGACGUCCAAGAUCCGUACGACCUCUACGACGAGCGCUUCCCCCGGAGUAGCAUUGCCCUCAGGGGACGGUCCUACGCGGCCGACCUCACUCGCAGCCGCUCUCAGUCGCUCGCUACCUCAAGGCCCGGUGCGAUCGGCAGCGGUUUCCCUGGACAGGUCUACGGGCAGCAGUGGGAGGGUUCCUCGCCUCAGAGCAUUCCCUCGCGAUAUGACUUCAAGACUCCGACGAGCGGCAGCCGGUAUGGAUCCCUCGGCGCCCUCGGUCGCUCCCCGUCCAACGGAUACGGCCAGGGCUCGAUCGCCGACCCUUCGAACAUGAGUCCCUUUGUUCGGGACGUGGGCCAGAUUCUCCUGGAUGACGGAUCCGCCUUCCGGGAGCUGUGGUCGGGCAUGAACCCGCCGCGGGACGAGAACGGAGGAGGAGGGAGCGGGACCACCAGCCGACGGCACAGCGUGAGCGUCGUUCAGCCGAGGCGUCCCAUCGUCGGUUUCAAUGCGCCUAACGCCGACAUGCAAGACGACGGCCACGCGGGGUCCUUCGCGCACCAAGCGUCCGACCUCGGGUUGAUGAGCAUGAACGACGCCCGUUCGGUGACGUCCAUUCAGCCUCCUUCUCAGCCGUCUUCUCUCCCCAUCUACGCACCUUUGUCUCGUAGCCCUCCCACUUCCGACCGUGUCUCCCCUUACCAACCCCUCCACCUGAACAUCCCUGGAGGCGGCGGAAGCUCUUUCUCUCGCCAGUCGAUAGUAGGCUCUCCUAGCGACAGCGGGUUAUCGGGCGAGAGGCGAGAACAGUCUCGACCUCGAGGCCUCAUGGCGCGUUACGUCCCCGGUAUUGGCAUCCAACAAAUCCACGAGACUGGCGUUAUGCAGUCCCCUCUGUCGUCGGCUGCCCUUCGUAGCCCUGCCCACUACGGUGCUCAGCAGCCUAUGCCCCGGCGCACCUCCGACGCGUCCAAGACUCUUAUGGAGCUCGGGAAAGGUGUACCUCUGCACGCUGUACCUACGUCAUGGCCGCUCUUCAUCGUCGAAUUCAAAGCACACCGGACGGACCUCUUCUACUGCACCGACCUCUCGCAGGAUAUCCGCGUCGGCGACCUCGUCAUUGUGGAGGCGGAUCGCGGAAGGAUUCGGCAAGGUAUCAACGACACCAUUACUCUCGUCGAGAUCGAGGCUCCGACGACAGCGACUGCUGGCGGAGGUGCGAAGGAUAUUAACCCGAAGAUGAUGUAUGGAAAGGCGCAGCACCGGGACAUUCAGAGCCUCGCCGCGAAGGCGCAAGAUGAGAUGAAGGCACUCGAGCUGUGCCGGACGAAGGUUCGACAAAGGAAGCUCCCUAUGGAGGUGGUCGAUGCUGAGUAUCAGUGGGACCGUCGUAAAUUAACAUUCUAUUUUGUCGCCGAGAAGAGGAUUGAUUUCCGAGAGCUCGUUCGUGAACUCUUCCGUCUGUACAAGACGCGAAUUUGGAUGGCCGCUCUUCCUCACUCCCUUGGCAGUCUGGAACAAUGA